CUCCUCUCGCUCUCUACAACAUCAAGACUCCUCUACAUUCGUUGCCGACCAAUUCGAGUCGGUUAGGUUGACGUUCGAACAUUUCGGGGGAAACCACUGCAUAAUCAGCUCUCACAGGCAAGAAACGACGCUCGAACAGCGCAAACUGCAAGUGUUAGAUAGCCUUCCAUUCCAGUAUUAGCUAUCUUCCGACGAUGCGUCUAUAUCGCUUACUAUUUGCUACUGCAGCUCUGGUUGCCACUAGUGGAGACUUUUCUGAGGCAGCCACGUGCAGAUACCGAACUUUGGCGCCUUCAACGUCGACGACCACCGACGCUCCGGGUAUUUCGCCCGCUUCUUCGUUCUCCUUCGACAACUUAACCCCCAGUACGCCCGAUGCCGAUAGCAGUACGGGUGGUACAGAACAGCAAACAACCGAUGCACCGGAGACGGAGACGCCCGCCACUCCGACGACCGACUCCUCUGUGACUACAGACUCUUCAACGGCUACUGCUGCCUCCACGGUGGCCGAUACUUCAUCAGCUGCUACCGAUGCCUCGGCUGCUGCUACACCUUCGGCUGCCUCAAACUCCAGUACCACGUCGUCGGACAACUCCAAGCUCUGCGCCAAGCCACGGGGCGGCGCUCGGACCAUCUACGCUCAAGUUCUGGAUGCGUCAACCGGCAAGGCUGUCAGCAGCAAGGUGACGGUGGACAAGUCUGUGGUUGGAAAUCGUUACCAGGCUUUGAAGAGUUUUCCGGACGGUAGUGUGGCGUAUUUGUCGAAGAGCACGACGGAUACGACGAUACAGGUGGUGCGAUUCUUCGGCUGCUAAGAUAUGGUACGUCUUAUUGUAUGUAGUUGGUUUGUUUUUCAAGUAGUGUCAGUCCUUUUCAAUCAUAGUUGUCUGGUAGCGUUUUAGCUGUAAAGCUUCAGUUAUUCGG